AUGGCGAUGAUGAUGGCUGGCCGUGUGCUGCUGGUGUGUGCCCUCUGCGUGCUGUGGUGCGGUGCCGGCGGUAGGUGUGAAGAGAAUGGUGCUGACGUUGUUUCUGGUGGAGGUCCUGGUACCGGCAAUGACGACAAGAAUUCGGAAGCAUUACGUUCCCCAGAUCUGAGUUCACUGGAGAGGCAAGAAGAAGGAGCAGGAGGAGCAGCAGGAGGAUUUGCGGAUGCACAGGGAGGAAAGGAUAUUUCGACGUCAAGCCCGGGUACAAAUAUCCUAAAAGUAGAGAAGGUGGAUUUAGUUGUCGAUCCACCCAAUCCAAUUGAGAAUCAAAAUAAAAGUAAAGACUCGACGAAAGCCGGGACUGGCACGACAAAUCAGACAGCACCACCAUCGAAACCACAAUCACCACCACCAGCAGGGCCUCCUCCUCCUCCUCUUCCAGAAGCAGAAGGAGUUAAACUAACAAAAACACCAGAAAAGCAGGACAGUUCAGUCGGCCACCAGUCUACACAACAUCAUACAGUGCCACAAGUAAAAGAACUGAAACAACAAGAACAGAACACCCAAAACCAAAUAAUAAAUGAAAAACACGAAUCCCAACGACUUCAAGUCCAAGAAGAAAAAGAAAAACAACGAUCAGAAGAACAACUGGAGCAACGAGAGCGUCCACACGAAGAGGAACGGGACGGAGAAGAUCUACAAGAAGAAAUACGAGAUCAGCAAAAAAAACAGGAACAGCAGGAAGAAGAACACGAAGAAGCACAAGAAGAGCACGUAGACAGCACAAAACAAGAAAAGGAACAAGAUCAACAACAACAACAUCAACAGCAUGAAACUUUUGCGAAAAAAAGCGAUGGACCCAUAAAAAACGAAACUGCCGUUGGUUCAAAUUCCACCGCAAAUACAGACGACAGUGACGGCAGCACCGCGGUCGCCCACACCACCUCCCCUCUUCUGCUUCUUCUUGUUGUUGCGUGUGCGGCUGCUGCUGCGGUGGUGGCCGCGUGA